UAAAAGACAAGAUGUCUUGGUUAUUUCAACGAUGGUUAGUUUUAUUUGGUGUUACACUAUUGAUGAUUAAAGAUUGUGAAAGUUUCUUCAUGCGGCAAAAUAGUACGCCCAAAAAGUGUAUAACUAGAGAGGAGAGUCUGAUAUACAAGAAUCCUAGUCAUGCACGUCCUUCCUGGGUUAUAAUGACUGACAAUUGCUUGGAUGAUAAAGCACAGUUUCGUUACAAGGAUACAGAAAUAUUGUGGCAUAUCGAGUCUGGGGGAGCGUUGCAUUCUACCAAUUCUCGCUCAUAUCAGAAUCGUUUAGCGAUAUAUGUAGCAAUAUCAACAACAGCAAAAAACAGCCAAAAACUCAGUAGUCAAAAUUUGAAACAAACAGACGCUGGAUCUUUAUAUUUCUACAAUGACGGGACUCACGGGAUAUGUGUUGAGCUUUCUGGAGGUUAUCUGUAUAGAAGAACAUAUUGCGACAGAUCUAACCAGACGUUUACUUUUGGUUCAGUGACACAGUUUGGUGAUAAAAUGAAAGAUGUUCAUUGUUCUCCAAAACAACGUAUGGUGAUCCACAAAGCUCAUUAUGGAGAUUUCAAUAAAAGCGGGACAUUUGACGCUAACGCAAUUGUUAAUGCACAGUGUAGUGGACAAGCAAGUUGUGAAGUGAAAUCUCUUUGUGGUGGAAAAAGAUCUUGUGAACUGACCGUUGACAAUAAUUUACUGUCAUCACAACAUUGUUCUGACACAACGAAAGAACUUUUUAUCGAAUACACUUGUGUGGAUAAUUAUAUAAAUCCCAUAACAACAGCGUCCAACAUAAGACUAUCAAAGUCACCCAACGAGGGUUUCAUUGAAGUGAAGAAUGACACAACGUGGAGAAAAGUUAUUGAAGAGAAUUGGGAUAAAGAUCGUCAAAAAAUGCUGUGUGAACACUUGGGAUUUCGCGAAACGAGCGCUAAUCCUAUUAGAAACAUGGAGAUAGCUGCAAAUGAAGAAAUUGCAUCAGGAGAUUUGGUGUGUUAUAACACAGGAUUAAGUGGAACAUCCUGUUGUGUCUAUCUCGUUCCCUCUACAACGAAUUCAAGUGUUAAUAUACCAUAUGUUGAGUGUAAGAUAUGCGAUAAACCAGCGUUACUCCAAGAUGAAACUACUUUUGCAGACUCUGAGUUUUCUGGUAGUGGCUCUUCUGGUUAUAGCAAUGCAAGAUUUACCAAAGAUGGUUGGUGUACCCAGACACCACAAACACAUUAUCUUUUGAUUGAUCUUUUGAAAGACUAUCACAUUACACAAGUCGUGACAAUGGGUAACAAAGAUCAGACAAAGUGGAGUGAUCAAUACACAAUGACAUACAGUCAUGAUAACAGUUUUAGCAAUAGCAGACAGAUCAUUGGAAACCAAAACGGCUAUGAAGCCUCGAUAACGGCUCUCAAUAUUUACAACGUGAGACAUAUCAAAAUGCAAUCAACUGGAACAAAUGAUUUUUGUCUCAGAAUAGAACUUUGUGGAAAAGUUCAAACGCCUGCUCCUGUACAGGAUAUUAAAGUUACACCUUCGAAUACCUCGGCAGAUGUCUCGUGGAAGGUACCAGAACCUAAAGACUCAAGUUACAUAACGAACUACAAUAUUUUCAUCAACGGAAAACUUCAACAAACUAUAUCUCGGGAGACAUAUGACAAUAAAUUUGCUAUUCGUGGACUUAAACUAUACACUGACUAUAGAGUUGAGAUUGAGACAGAAGAUGGUUCAGGAGAGAAAGGUGAUAAGGUUUCUGAAGAUUUCAAAACCAAGGAAGGAGUUCCUAGUGGUCCUCCACAAAAUGCGAUGUUUACAUCCCGCGGUAAAAACGUGCUAAAAUUGUCAUGGGAACCUCCUGAAGUAAAUCUGCAUAAUGGGAUACUGACAGGCUAUCAAGUUUGUUAUUUUUCCCAAACAAUAUCAACUAGUCCGAAAUGCGUUAAACCAAACACGACAUUGACUUUCACCAUCGAUGAUCUUCAACCAUCGACAAAGUAUAUUGUGACUGUUGCGGCAGGUACAAGUGUUGGUUUUGGCAACAAAAGUUCGGAAAUCAAUAAAACGACAAAUGGAGAUCCUGUAGAACCUGUUGCAGCUUCUUCAUCCAGCCUACGAAUAAACAUUCUCAGACCAGACAAAUAUAUUCAAGAAGUAAUGAUCAUCGUGAGAACUACUGAGAACUUUUCAAAACCGGUGGAAGAAAUUGAAACUAGCGAUCUUAAACCUUAUCAGUCAAACACUCAAGAUCCUUACAUUACUGAUUAUUUGAAAACUGAUGUUCUCCCUUCAUCGUUCGUGAUCGGCGAUGGCAAAGAAUACAGCUAUGAAAACGGAACAUACGUUAACCAACCUCUUCAACCAAACACAAGUUACAACGUGUUUCUGAGAUUCUUUGAAAGCCAGGAUUCGUUCUACUCAACAGAAUGGAGCAAAAGUGUCAAAACUAUGGCAACUCCACCAGCUCCAGUCAUCUCAAAAAUCACGCCUACUGGUCAUAAUGAGUACAAUAUUUCAUGGUACCAACCUUCGUUGCCAGAUCAGCAAACUGUCUUGAAGUAUCAUGUCAACUACAGUGCUUCAAAUGAACCAACAAAACGAUCGACUGUCCCGAAAGAAAAUAAAUUUAUCAUUAUUGUUGUCGAUUAUGAUAAACAAUAUACUAUUAACGUACGGGUGGAAACUGAGGCUGGAAAAAGUAUGGCAACUUCGAAAUCAUGGUUGUCUCUUUCAAAGCCCUUGGAGCCCCCAAAGAAAACGGAAGACGGUUACACAGUGAUAUUACGAAAACCAAAACAGAAAAAUAUAAGAGUGGUCGCUCUUGUAUUGCUUCUGUCAGACUCCAGUGAACCUCCAGCACCAGAAUCCAUCAAGAUAAAAAGUUCAAUUCCUUCAGAAACGAAGACCGGGGACGCUUUCAUUGCUAAGCAGUUUAAUAUUAGUGAUUUCAAAGGUGAUAAAAUAGAAAUACUCCUUAGAAAGUUUAAGGAAAACAGAAGAAGAAAAAGAGAAGCUGUUCAGGUUGAUGCAUUGAAGCCGGAUGAAAAAUAUAGAACAACACAAAUGAAUACAGACGAGUCUGGGAAUCGCACCUGGUCAUACUGGAGUGAAGAAUUUGGUGAUCCCAUAGGCCCUGACAGUACUACAAUACCUACUCAAGGGGUUACUGGUGGGGCUAAUAAUGGUGAUGAAAGUUCAUCAAUGGCCGCUGUUGUUGGCGCCGCUUUUGCUGCUGUUGUCGUUUUAGUUGCAAUUGUUGCUGCAAUACUUUUCUACAGGAGAAGGAGGAGGUACCAAGAAAAGGAAACAGGUUCGGAUGGAGACUGGAGCGAGAGAAAAGGAUUUGAGAAUGAAUAUCAUGACGAGGAAGACACUGGCGUGCCGCCUGAUCAUCGUCAAGUUAAUGAAAAUGAAAAUAACGAUGGCAUUUAUUCGAACGAAGCAGGCGAUUUCAAGGAAAACACGCACUCACCAGUUCCUGUCGACGAGUUUGCGCAUUUUGUGAAAGAAAUGAAAGCAAAUGAGAAUUACGAAUUUAGCAAAGAAUAUAAUGAUUUACCUAAAAACAUGAAUUCAUCUUGGGAGGUGUCAAAGAAGCCGUUUAACAAAGCUAAAAACAGAUAUGGAAAUAUCGUUACGUACGACCAUUCUCGGGUGGUUCUCUCGGGAGAUGAAAACAAAGAUUACAUAAACGCUAGCUACAUUGAUGGAAUCAAAGAAAAAUCGUACAUUGCUUGUCAAGGUCCUAGGGCGAAUACCGUGAACGACAUGUGGAGGAUGGUUUGGGAACAACGCACUUAUUCCAUUGUUAUGGUUACCUCUCUGGUUGAACUUGGCAAGCCAAAAUGUGAGAAAUAUUGGCCGGACAGCGGAAGUGAAAUGUAUGGCGAACGGAGGAACGCGGAAACGCGCGGCGCAUAUUACUUUCAAUCUUGGCCGGAUCAUGGUGUACCUAAAUAUCCCACUCAGCUCCUGGCCUUCAGAAGACUUUUCAGAACGCAUCACAUGCAGCAGUCCGGACCUAUCGUGGUCCACUGCAGCGCUGGGGUUGGACGAACAGGUGUCUUUCUUGCAAUUGACACAAUCCUUGAUAAACUCGAUCAAAGUGUCAUCAAUUCCAUCGAUGUUUUUGGACACGUCUGCGCAAUGAGAGAACGAAGAAUGAAUAUGAUCCAAACUCUGGAACAAUACAUAUUCGUUCACGAUGCUAUUUUGGAAACAAUCCUGUGUGGCAUGAACGAAGUUGAUGCUUCUAAAAUCCAAAAGGAGGUUGCAAAUCUUAGUGAAGUUAAAGCAAGUGGAAUGACGGGAUUUGAGGAAAAGUUCAAGAGGUUGGUUGAGGUUUCGCCGAAGCUAUCAGAAGACGAAUGCGCUGCAGCAUUGCUUGAUGGAAAUCACAAAAAGAAUCGCAAUAAGAAUGUCCUUCCAGCCGAAGGUAAUCGUGUUCCACUUCAGUACGUCGAAGGAAUAGAAGAUUCGGACUAUAUUAACGCUGUGUUUGUUCAUGGUUACCUUGGUAGGAACUACUUCAUCGCUACACAAAGCCCACUGCCUGCCACAAUCAACGACUUUUGGCGGCUGAUUCAUUCGCAGAAAUCUUCCACCAUUGUGUUGUUAAACAACGUCAAAGACGGAUCGUCAAUCCCGAUAUUCUGGCCAACCGAUAGGGGAAAACCGAAGCAAUAUGGCACCCUGACUGUUCAGUUGGACUCGGAGAAUGAAUCAGAUGGAAUAUGGACAAGAAAGUUUAUCAUCUCGCCAUAUCCAGAUUUGACAGAUGGUCAAGUUGUCAACAUUUUUCAAUACACCAAAUGGCAGGACCAUCGCGUACCUCCCGACGCUAAUGGCGUCAUCUCGCUCACGUCAUUGGUCGAGAACUCAAGGAAGAGUUUUGAUCCAGCACCAAUCAUUGUCGCAUGCAGCGAUGGAGCAGGGCGAACAGGAACGUAUAUCGCCAUUUCAAACCUUCUGGAAAGAAUAAAAAUUGAACAAGCGAUGGACGUCUUCCAGGCGAUUAAAAUCAUCAGAGGAGCACGACCACAGUUUGUUGAAAAUGCUGAACAAUACCAGUUCUGUUACAAGGCUAUGAUGACGUACUUAGACGCCUUCAGUGAAUAUGCAAAUUUUGAAUAAAGGAGCCGAAUACUGAAUCAACGCCAGCAUGAUGUAAAAUAAUAAUCUUUUUUUAACGUACGUAAUAAUUUUUAAAUGAUACUAACAACCGGCGAUAUUAAAGCGAUUGAAAAAACACUAUCUUGCUUUUAUACAACCGGCCGCAGGUUGUUAAAUUUUCUCGCCCACUCUCACCAUAAAAUGUAGCAAUAAUUAAAUAAAUAUGUUUAGUAUAUGUUAAAGAGUAUGUAAAGUCUGUUUAUAGUCGAACGUAAUGUAUAUAAUUUAAUGCAUGCCGGGUUUUAAAUAUGAAUGGGGUUAUUCGCGAAGAACUUAUCGCUAUAUUCUACCGCUUGCAGAUAAUUAUGUAUGGCUUUAUUGACAAAAAUAGGACGACGUGUGGAGAACAAACUCGUCAAAAGGAAGUCUGUCCUCGCGAAAUUUAUCAUUUGAUCUGACAUAUAAUAUACAUUUUAAAAUGCUUUCUUGAUUAAUUUGAACAUGUCAAGUUGUAUUUUGCGCAAUGUUCAUGGUACGUCUUCAAAUUGUAAUCAGUUCU